AGUAAGAUACCCGCAAGUGUGAGAUUCCCGUGCGGUGCGGUGCGGUGCGGGGGGGACUUCAGAAUUAGGGUUUUGAAACAAAGAUCACGCUAUUAAAAUCGCCGUCGUGGAUUAGGAAUCUCUUUUCCCUUCGAGCUUGAGAGAGAGAGAGAGAAGCGAUGGCAAGAAUAAAGGUGCACGAGCUGAGGCAGAAGACCAAGGCGGAGCUGUUGGCGCAGUUGAAGGAUCUGAAAGCGGAGCUUUCUCUGCUCCGCGUGGCCAAGGUCACCGGCGGCGCUCCAAACAAGCUCUCCAAGAUCAAGGUGGUUCGGCUGUCUAUAGCGCAGGUUUUGACGGUGAUCUCGCAGAAGCAGAAGGCAGCUCUCCGAGAGGUCUACAAGAACAAGAAGUACCUCCCCCUUGAUCUCCGUCCCAAGAAGACCCGAGCCAUCCGCCGUCGCCUCACCAAGCACCAGGCGUCAUUGAAGACAGAAAGGGAGAAGAAGAGGGAGAUGUACUAUCCCAUGAGGAAGUAUGCCAUCAAGGUUUAGGGUUUGAUUUGCUUUAUAAGGCAAUAUUUCUGUGUUAAACUUUAUUGGAUGAGGAUCUCUAAAUUUUUCUCAUCUAAAUGUUUUUGCUUCUCUAGUUUGCUUAAAAGAAUCGUGGCUGAGAAUUUAUGUUACUUGUUACGACGCUAUUUAAUUUAAUUGCUUUCCUGAGCUAUGACCGA